UGUUGUUGUGAUUUGGUGCUGUGUAAAUAAAGCUGAAUUGAAUUGAUCUCUGAGCUAAGAGUGAAAUAAUGUCUCUGUUUGGCAGAACAGGAUCUGUACCCACACACCAGGAGGAGGUCACUUGUUAUGAUUAAGAUGCUGGAUUACAUGAAAAAAAGAUCAUUUAAUAAUGAACUUGUGAUGUUGGUGUAACAGAGGGAUUCUUCACUUGAUGACUGAUUUCUGCAGUAACAGGCACAUUUUGACUGAGCUCAGUCAGACGGGUAGUGAAAGUGUUGGAGCAGAGGGACGUGUUGAAUGUGUAACAGGGAAGUGAUGAAGCUGAAAGCGUCUCUGCUGCUCAGACUUCAGACUCUCAGUCGUCACUCAGACAUGAAGACUGCGUCCGUCUGUCUGCUCCGGGGCGUGUGUGUGCUGCUGCUGUCUGCACCGACUGUUUCUGCAGUGUCUCUGUCUGUCAGUCCAAACCUUCAGCAGGUCUUCAGUGGAUCUUCUUCAGUGUCUCUGAGUUGUGUUGAUGAUGGACAGACAGUUGAUGGCUGGACAGUGAAGAGGACCAGCGGAGGACCCACUGAGGACUGUGGAGCAGCUGAGAUGAGUGGAAGUUUGUGCGUUUUGGAUCGCAACUCGUCUUACAGUGGAACCUUCUGGUGUGAAAGCUCAUCUGGAAAGAAGAGCGAUGAUGUGUCCAUCAGUGUUUCAGAAAAAGGUGUGAUCCUGGAGAUCCCUGCACUUCCUGUAAGACCAGGAAGUGAUGUUACUCUGCAAUGCAAGAAGAAGACUGGUGAAACAGUUCCAUCUUUUUUCUUCAUGAAUGGACGUCUCCUUGGGUCUAAAGCAGGACACGUUAUCCCUAAUGUCAGGCACUCUGAUGAAGGUCUCUACUGGUGCGCUUCUAACACAUUUGGAUCAUCUCCUCAGAGCUUUCUGAGGGUCCGAGGGUCUCCUAUCACUACUCUCAGAAAGUCCGUCCCUCCACCUCCAGUUUCUGAGGCCAGUUUUUCUCUGUCCACUCUUCCUCCUCUCACCAACUCUUCCUCCCCUUCUUCUCCCUCUGUGUCUUGGAUCAGAGUCAUCUGCCACCUGUUGGCCUUCUGCCCGUACUGCAUCUGCACCAUCCUGCUCCUGUCCAUCUGCUGCAGCAGGAGCUCAGGUAACAAACAGGUCGUAUCCAUGGAGACGCCAUUGGAUGUUGACGAGUAUGAUGACACCACUGAGCAUUAUGUCUGAGCUGAUGGAUCCUCUGAUAGAAUUAAAUGUUUCUAAAGCUGAAAACUCUGAAGUCCUCACUCUGAGUUUCUCAAUCAGAACCUGAUCUGUUCACUGAUCGAUCAAUAACCCUCAAAUUACUGAUGAAUUACUGAAUUAUUGGAUGAAAGCUUUGUUUGACAUUGUUAGCAUCUUCAAACACUGAAAUCUCUGUGCACCUCUCUAAAGUUAUUUACUGCAUUUUAAGUAUUUACCACUGAUUCCCAACCUUUGGGAGCCACGGCACAUGUUUCACAUUAGAAAAAUCACACCACCAACAAAAACGUCACAGAAAGUAUAUUGAUAGCUUUUCCCUGCACACCAGGUACAGUGGUACUGGCUCGGUUUGUCCCCAGUGUACCAGUUUUACUUUCUUCUGACCACUGCUCAUGCUAGGACCUUCAUCUGCGUCUGAGUUUUCUCCAGGACCAGCAGUGUGCACGACCUCUUUAAAAAAAAUGAUAUUUUAAUGCUCAGAUCUCAAUAUUGUUGUCAUCCACGAAUUUUCGGUUCCAUGGAUAAAAAGAUAAAAUUAAAACGGAUUGUAUUCCAUUAAGAUUCCAAAUUACAGUUUUUUACUUUCAUUCCUGAAGAGGAACUUUACAUUUUUGGGGUUUUUUUAGAAGUCCAGUGUGCCAGCUCAAAUUUGGUUUUAUAAAAAACAAAUUCAGUUUCCAAAAGGUAAUACAGGGAGAACUCAGCGAAAACGAGUGUUUGAUGACAGGAGGUUUAAUAAGUGUGUUGAUCAGUGUUUGUGGAAGCUCUGACAGAGUUAGUUCAGUUCUGAAACUUUACUGUGGCCUCACAGCUCUUCUUCUACUGUGUCAUCGAAGAACCUUCAAACUCUCUGAGCUGUUUUUCCUCCUCAGUCCUGUUUGAUGACAGAAAGCAGUCAGAAUGCACCAAACUGUAUCCUAAUCUCACGUCUGAUGAUGAUGGUUAUUAACACAUUAUUUAUCAACUUGUUUCUUUACUAACAAACAAAUUAUUUGAACAUAUCAGCAAAUAGCAGAUUGUAGAAAAGCAAAAUAGUAACCCUUUAACUCCAAGUGUCUCAUAUUUGAUGCAUGAGUUUUUCACACUUCUACAUCGUCAAUGUCAUUUUACAUUUUAAACAAUAACCUGCUGGAUGCAGCAAAUGUAAUACAAAUUAAAACUCAAAUAGAGAAAUGACUUUUACAUUUUUUAAGUUCUGUUUUUUAUGUU